AUGGAAUUACCUCCACGUUCGUCAUCGCUUUCAGCACCAAUUUUAAAACUUGAUGGACACAAAUCCGAAGUAUUUACUUGUAAAUUUUCGAAUAGUGGAAAUUUUCUUGCUACAGGUUCAGCAGAUAAAUCAGUUUUAUUGUGGGAUGUUUUCGGAGAGAGUGCCAAGAGUGAAGAUGAUGACUUAUCAUCAACCACUGUGAAUUAUGGUAGCUUAUUGGGACAUAAGAAUGCUGUAUUGGAUUUGGAUUGGUUUACAUCAGAGGAUCGUAUUUGUACAGCUUCAGCUGAUAAUACUGUCAUCUUGUGGGAUAUUAUCAAAUGUCUUAAAGUGAGACAAUUUAAACAACAUUCAUCAAUUGUAAAUUCUUGUUCAACAUCAAAAUAUUCAAAACAAUCGGAUCUAUUUGUAUCAGCAGGUGAUGAUAGAGCCAUCAAUAUUUAUGACCAAAGAGAAAGAAAAUGUAUAAAAACAAUCAAGAGCAAAUAUCCAGUCUUCUCGGCAUGCUUUUCAGAAAAUAAUGAUAGAUUAUUCACAUGUGGAAUUGAUAGUGUCAUUACUACAUGGGAUUUGAAAACUGAUAAAUUCAUUUACAACCUAGGCAGUGGGCACACUGAUUCAAUUACAGAUAUCAAGCUUUCACCUGAUGGUAAUUUCCUCCUAAGUAAUUCUAUGGAUGGCACAUGUCGUGUUUGGGAUUGUAGACAUUAUGCCGAAUCUGCCAAUAGAUGUGUAAAAUUAUUUAAUGGAGCUAAACAUUCAAUGGAUAAGAAUCUAGUUCGUGUUGCAUGGUAUAAGGAUAGCUCAUUGAUUUCAACAGGUGCCGAAAAUGAUGUCAUGAUUUGGAAUACCACUACAAGAAAGAUUGAAUAUCAAUUACCUGGACAUCAUGGUUCUGUAAAUUGUGUUCAUUUCCAUCCUCAACAACCAAUUAUUGCCUCAGCUUCAAGUGACAAGACUGUUUAUUUGGGUGAAAUUGAUUCAAAAUCUAUUUAUUAA